UCCGUAUUUAGCCACGGUGGAAUCCGAAAAUCCCCGAGAAAUCUCUCCCGCCAUGAACACGCUCCCUAUCCUCGCACCUGCAUACCCUUCGACGCUUCCUGUCCUCGCCUUCUCGACUUACACAACCUCUCUGUAUCCCCAAACUCCCGUCAUUUCCCAGUCCCUAGGGUUUUGUUCCCCCAAGUCACUUGGCACACUUCCACAAUCAAGAUCUUCAAUUAAGUCCCCGAGUUCUCUAUACCCUGCAGAACCCCAAAUCUCCGACGCCGACGACUACGAGGACGACGACGAAGAUGACGAUGUGGCUGCUGAUGAAUACUACGACAUCUCCGGCGAUGUAUUGGAAGGAGUUGAACAGAGUGACGAUGAAACCGAAACUCCUAUUGCUGCAACAGAGGCGCCGACUCUGCAUGAGGAGUCCAAGUGGCAGAGAGUGGAAAAGCUUUGCAACGAAGUCAGAGACUUCGGCGAAUACAUUAUCGAUGCCGAUGAGCUCGCUUCGAUAUACGAUUUCCGCAUAGAUAAAUUUCAGCGUUUGGCGAUACAAGCAUUCUUGAGAGGCUCAUCGGUUGUGGUAUCUGCGCCGACGAGCAGUGGGAAGACUUUAAUUGCCGAAGCCGCCGCAGUGGCCACAGUUGCCAGGCGAAGGCGAAUCUUCUACACGACUCCACUCAAGGCACUAUCCAAUCAAAAGUUUCGCGAAUUUCGCGAGACAUUUGGAGACAGCAAUGUUGGCCUUCUUACGGGGGAUUCUGCAGUGAAUAAAGAUGCUCAGGUUUUGAUUAUGACUACGGAGAUUUUACGCAAUAUGUUAUAUCAGAGUGUUGGAAUGGUUUCUUCUGAUAGUGGACUGUUCCAUGUUGAUGUGAUUGUUUUGGACGAAGUUCAUUAUCUAAGUGACAUAUCUCGGGGUACAGUAUGGGAAGAAAUAGUUAUAUAUUGCCCAAAAGAAGUCCAACUCAUAUGCCUAUCAGCAACGGUGGCAAAUCCUGAUGAGCUUGCUGGUUGGAUUGGUCAGAUUCAUGGUAAAACUGAGUUGGUAACAUCCUCAAAGCGUCCAGUUCCAUUGACUUGGCAUUUCUCUAUGAAGACAACUUUGUUACCUCUUCUUGAUGAGAAAGGAACGCAAUUGAAUAGGAAGCUGUCACUCAAUUAUCUGCAACUUUAUGCUUCAGGAGUUAAAUCUUACAAGGAUGAUGGGUCUAGAAGAAGAAAUUCAAAAAAACGAGGAAGUAACAUGAGCUAUGACAGUGUUGAUAGCAUGCCUGAAUCUCCUCUUUCAAAGAAUGAUAUAAACACUAUUCGACGUUCACAAGUCCCUCAAGUUAUUGACACAUUAUGGCAGCUUAAGGCAAAGGACAUGCUGCCAGCAAUUUGGUUUAUUUUUAGCAGGAAAGGAUGUGAUGCAGCUGUCCAGUAUCUUGAAGAUUGCAAUCUCUUAGAUGAGUGUGAGAUGAGUGAGGUUAAACUAGCCUUGAAGAGAUUCCGCAUUAAGUAUCCUGAUGCUGUCAGGGAGACUGCCAUUAAAGGACUGCUGCAAGGGGCUGCUGCACAUCAUGCUGGUUGUCUACCAUUAUGGAAAUCAUUUGUAGAAGAAUUGUUUCAGCGAGGACUUGUCAAGGUUGUCUUUGCUACUGAAACACUUGCUGCCGGAAUCAAUAUGCCUGCUAGGACAGCUGUUAUUUCAUCACUCACGAAGAGGAGUGAUAGUGGGCGAACCCAAUUAAGCUCAAAUGAACUGCUUCAAAUGGCUGGGCGUGCUGGACGUAGAGGCACUGACGAAAGGGGUCAUGUGGUACUUGUUCAGACUCCUUACGAAGGGGCUGAAGAGUGCUGCAAGCUUCUAUUCACUGGAGUUGAACCUCUUGUUUCACAGUUUACUGCUUCCUAUGGUAUGGUGCUGAAUCUUCUUGCAGGUGCAAAAGUUACUAGCAGAUCUAAUGAAGCAAAUGAAAUGAAAUCUGUAAAAGCAGGCCGAACUUUGGAAGAAGCUAGGAAGUUGGUUGAGAGAAGUUUUGGAAACUAUGUUGGCAGCAACGUUAUGCUUGCUGCAAAAGAUGAGCUUACUAAAAUAGAGAAAGAGAUCGAGAUGCUGACUUUAGAAGUUAGCGAUGAGGCCAUAGAUAGAAAGAGCAGGAAGCUUUUGUCAGAGGUAGCAUAUACUGAGAUUGCGGAUUUGCAGGAAGAUUUGAGGGUGGAAAAACGUCUUAGGACAGAACUGCGAAAAAGGGUGGAAGCACAAAGAAUUGCUGCUCUGAAACCUCUUUUAAUGGAAUUUGAAAAUGGACACUUGCCCUUUUUGUGCUUGCAAUAUAAAGAUUCUGAAGGAGUUCAACACUCACUGCCUGCUGUUUAUUUGGGGAAGGUUGACUCACUCAAUGGUUCAAAACUUAAGAACAUGGUUUUUGCUGAGGAUUCUUUUGCACUGAAUGUAGUUGGGACAGAGUCUAGUGUUAAUGACCUUGAAAUGGACCGAGAUGUUGAACCAUCUUAUUAUGUGGCCCUUGGUUCAGAUAACACGUGGUAUCUAUUUACAGAAAAGUGGAUUAAAACAAUGUAUAGGACGGGCUUGCCUAAUGUUGCUCUAGCUCAAGGUGAUGCUUUGCCUCGGGAAAUUAUGAGGAUGCUUCUUGAUAAGGAGGAAAUGAAGUGGGAGAAGCUUACUGCUUCUGAAUUUGGUUGCUUAUGGUGCAUGGAAGCAUCUCUAGAGACAUGGUCUUGGAGUUUAAAUGUGCCAGUUUUGAAUAGUCUUUCUGAAAGUGAUGAGCUGUUACAUAUGUCAGAACCAUACUGUGAAGCUGUUGACCGCUACAAGGAACAAAGAAAUAAAGUUGCACGCUUGAAGAAAAGGAUAGCACGUACACAAGGCUUUAAAGAAUAUAAGAAAAUCAUUGACAUGACGAAGUUGACCGAGGAAAAGAUAAAACGUUUGAAGGCUAGAUCGAAACGUUUGACCAAUCGAAUAGAGCAGAUCGAACCAUCUGGCUGGAAGGAGUUUUUGCUAAUCAGCAAUGUCAUACAUGAAAUUAGGGCAUUGGAUAUCAAUACACAUGUAAUAUUUCCUCUUGGUGAAACUGCAGCUGCUAUUCGUGGAGAAAAUGAAAUUUGGCUGGCAAUGAUUCUCCGCAAUAAAAUCCUUCUAGGCCUAAAGCCUGCACAACUUGCUGCUGCUUGUGCAAGUUUAGUUUCUGAAGGGAUCAAAGUUCGACCUUGGAAAAACAACAGCUAUAUAUAUGAACCUUCCUCCACUGUAAUCAAUUUAGUUAAGUUCUUGGAUGAUCAAAGAACUUCCCUAUUGCAACUUCAAGAAAAGCAUGGGGUAAACAUUCCUUGUUGUUUGGAUAGUCAAUUUUCAGGUAUGGUUGAAGCCUGGGCAUCUGGGCUGUCUUGGAGGGAAAUGAUGAUGGACUGUGCAAUGGAUGAAGGAGAUUUAGCACGCCUCUUACGGCGCACUAUUGAUAUAUUAGCUCAGAUUCCUAAAUUACCUGAUAUUGAUCCACUGUUGCAAACCAAUGCAAAGAUAGCAUCUAAUGUCAUGGACCGCCCGCCAAUCAGUGAGCUGGCUGGAUAGUGUUGUAUUGCCACCAUAAGGUGCUUGUAAAAUUGUGAACAUUGUUUCCUACAGGGUCAAUAGCUUUUCGAAUUUCACAGAAUCUGUUUAAUGUAUCUGAUUGAACUUCAAUCAAGAAAGAUAACCGGCUUCACGUUUGCAAUGCAUAAUGGAUUUUCCACACGUAUUACCAGCAAAAGGCCCAUUUGUAUUCUGUGGAGGUAAGCCUUUCUGGCUAGGCUGCAUACCGUCCAUGACGUCGAAUGGCACAUCACUAACCCCAGAAUAAAAUGUUGGCAACACGGAUGCAACUACUCAGAGGACACUAAAACCAGGUCGUUUGCUUUCAGAUAAUAUAUUGGUGGGAAAUGAUGUAUGGAAGCUGUUCCCCAAAAUGCUUUCAGCGGAAGAUGCAAAAUCUUCAACUUGCCUAAUUCUUCAUUCACUGUUCUCUUGAUUGAAUGGUAAACAUUUAAAGAUUUAUUUUAUGUUGAUACAGUACUUGGCAUCGAA